CUGUUCAAUUGGCCAUUGGGCUCACAAAAUCCGCCCAGCAUGCUUCCACUCAGACGAGCCGUGGCUCUCCACGCCACGAGGAGCUGCCGCCAGCUCGCCCUCCGACACGUCGCCUCCUCACGAUUGAUCCGCCCGAGUUUCUACACGACGACGACCCGACUCCGACAGAAUGCCUUCCACUCCCAGCUCGAGAGCGCCGGCGCGGCCGACUUCCUCUCCCAACCCGGCCCCAAGGUCGUCGAGAACCCCCAGACUAUUACCGAGAAGAUCGUCCAGAGACAUUCUGUUGGCCUUGCGCCCGGCAAGAAGGUUCGCGCCGGCGACUACGUUACUCUCCGACCUCACAAGUACGUCCGCUACACCAUCCCGCACCUAUGGAAACUCGCGAUACGGAUGAUGUCCCACGACAAUACCUGGCCCAUCGCAAUGAAGUUCAUGUCAAUUGGAGCAACCGAAAUCGCAGACAAGUCACAACUGGUCUUCACGAUUGAUCACGAUGUUCAAAAUGAGUCCGAGUCAAAUGUCAAGAAGUACAAGCAGAUCGGCGAAUUCGCCCGCAAGCACGGUAUCACCUUCUUCCCCGAGAAGACAGGAAUUGGACAUCAGCACAUGAUCGAGAACGGAUUCGCAUGGCCUGGAUCCGUAGCCGUAGCUUCGGACAGUCAUUCCAACAUGUAUGGAGGUGUUGGUGCUCUUGUACCGCCGGUGUGUAAGCUGACACUGAAGGGAGUUCUACCCCCGGGUGUCACUGGAAAAGAUGUCAUCGUCGCUCUGUGCGGCUUAUUCAACAAGGACGAGGUUCUCAACCACUGCGUCGAGUUCCACGGCUCAGAGGAAACCAUGCGCUCGCUUUCCAUCGACGACAGACUCACAAUAGCCAACAUGACGACCGAACACGGCGCCGCUAGUGGAAUCUUCCCCAUGGACUCUGUCCUCAAGGCAUGGAUGACCGCAAAGGCCACCACCAAUGCGAUGCUCAACCCGGAACAAGCGGCAAAGAGCAACUUCACCCACGAGCGGAUCGAAGAGCUCUUCGCGAACCCCAUCACUGCCGACACCGGCGCCGUUUACGCCAAGGAGCUCUACCUUGACCUGUCCACUCUUGGCAUCUGGGUUUCGGGUCCCAACUCAGUCAAGAUCGCUUCGCCUUUGGAACAGCUCGAGAAGGACGACAUUCCGGUGAACAAGGCUUACUUGGUUUCCUGCACCAACUCGCGCGCUUCAGAUAUCGCCUCUGCGGCGCGCGUUUUCCGUGAGGCUGCGGAAAAGGGACUGCCCGCCAAGAUUGCUCCCGGUGUCAAGUUCUACAUUGCCGCUGCGUCUAUCAACGAACAACGCGCCGCGGAAGAGACUGGAGACUGGCAGGUUCUGAAGGAAGCAGGCGCAAUAGAGCUUCCCUCAGGUUGCGGCCCUUGCAUCGGUCUGGGUACUGGACUUCUCGAGGAAGGCGAGGUUGGAAUCAGCGCCAGCAACAGGAACUUCAAGGGACGAAUGGGCAGCACAUUAGCCAAGGCGUACCUGGCCAGCCCCGCAGUCGUCGCCGCUAGCGCGCUCAAGGGCAAGAUUGCCGGCCCUGAGUGGUACCAGAAGCCCGAUGUCGACAAGCCCAUCGUUGGUGAGGGCGUCGGCGACAUGACGGCCGACAUCGCCAAGAGCAUCGAGGAUGCCCUGGCUGGUCUGAUCUCCCAGGCAGAUGGUCUCAUCGCGGAAUCCGAGAAGGAGAUCACCGGCGCCCCUGCAGGAGAGGCUGCUGCUUCUGCUGCUGACGGCGAGGAGGCUCUUACUGAGAUUCUCCCCGGCUUCCCCGAGAAGAUUGAGGGCGAGAUCGUCUUCUGCGACGCUGACAACCUCAACACCGACGGCAUUUACCCGGGCAAGUACACUUACCAAGACAACGUGUCGACCGAGAAGAUGGCCGAAGUGUGCAUGGAGAACUACGACCUGGCCUUCCGCGACGUCGCCAAGGCCGGCGACAUCCUCGUCUCCGGACUGAACUUCGGCUCCGGCAGCUCCCGCGAGCAGGCGGCGACCGCCAUCCUCGCCAAGGGCAUCCCCAUGGUCGUCGCCGGCAGCUUCAGCAACAUCUUCAGCCGCAACAGCGUCAACAACGCCCUCAUGGCCGUCGAGGUGCCCAAGCUCGUCACCAAGCUCCGCGAGGCAUUCAACGACGAGAACGACAAGGUCCUCACCCGCCGCACCGGCUGGAAGCUCCUGUGGGACGUGAGGAGGAGCAAGGUCGUCAUCACGGAGAAGGACGGCGCCAGCUGGAGCGUCAAGGUCGGCGAGCUGCCCCCCAACGUGCAGGAGAUUAUCGCCAAGGGCGGCCUCGAGAAGUGGGUCAAGAGCGAGAUCGGGCUCUAA